AGAAUUAAACAAAUGUGUAUGCGGAUAUAGUGAAACUCAUGAAACUGUGAUAAAAAGAAACACCAAAUUUUUGUUCCUCCAGCAUGUUCAAACGAUGGAGUGCAACCAAGGAAAUUGCGGAUCCAUUUCAAGUGCUCGAGAGCGAAUCUGGCGGCAUUCGGGGCUCGGCGUUUCGCAGUCUGGCAGAGGACGGCGCGGCCACCCCCUCCACGGCCCCCACUGCGACGCACCUGACCAAGCAGGAGGACGCCCGGCAGCCGCAGCCGCGGCUAGUCGCGCCAGAGUCUCCGCACCUGUCGGAGGAGAAAUUUGAGUUGCACGUGCACGAGGUCGAGGGCUCGUUGGGCUCGCUCAGCUCGCAGUCCACCGACGAGGGACCGUCAAUUGGAUUAAGCCUUAAAAAGAGUCCCGUCAGUGACCCGUGGAGCUACAGCCAUCGUGAGGCCAGUGUCGAUGAGUCGUUCAAUCAGGCAGUGAGUGAAGACCAAAUCGAGGUGCACCACCGGUCUCCGACCCCUGACCAAUCGUCCAGCCCCGAAAUGCGCAAGCGAGACUCAAUUCUGGACGCGUGGGGCCCGCCGACGGUGCCGCAGCCCCUGGCGGCGGCCCACCAGUCCCAAAUGGAGGCCCAGUUCUCAUCGCCAAUGACGUCGACGGCAUCGCUCAUCUCCAGCCAGAUUUUCACCUCGAGCAAGGUCAAGAUAAAAUUGGGCUGGCUGACCAGCGUGGCAUCAAUUCUGACUGCCGUGUCCGCGGCGGUGUCUUUAGGCAACAUUCUGCGCCUUCCGCGCCUAGUCCUUUUGCACGGCGGAGGCCCUUUUUUGGUCGCUUACCUGGUGCUAUUGGUGGUAAUUGGUCUGCCGUUGGUAUUCUUCGAGAUCGGCCUUGGACAAUUCUGCCAGCAGGGAUCGCUGCAAAUUUACCGCGCUGUGCCGCUGCUCAAAGGAGUGGGCAUUGUGAAGCUGAUUGCUAGCCUGCUGAUGUGCGCCUACUACCCGGUGCUCAUGGCGGUUUCGUUUUUCUCGCUCAUCUGGAGCGCCAAAGGACCCGUCCUGUUUGCUGAGUGCGCCCAGAAGUUUGGCAUGCAUUUUUACGACCACUCGGAAGCGGUAGCUUUGCAAUCAGAAAAUCCCAUUUUGGAGGCAGAGAAAUGCCUUAAUGAUACAAUUUUAAAGUCUCCCCAAGAAGAUGCAAUGUGGUUGGGAGUGAACUACGCGCUUUUAUUUUUACUCUGGGGGCUUCUGACGUUAAGUCAAUGGGGUUACGUAGCAUGGCAGAGGCGGACCAUGCUGUUAACGGUGCCAGUAGGAUUUGGACUCCUAAUCGCAAUUUUGGCACAGGCUGCCUCUUUCUCGCUGGACUCCUGGCCGCUGGAAUGGUCAGACUGGUCCGUCCUUUUAAAGCCACAGGUUUGGUACUUUGCAAUGGUGCAAGUCUUUUUCUCCACGCAAAUUGGAUUUGGAACAAACGUCACAAACGCCGGGAAAAUCUUCCCCAAGAAGAAUGCGUUUUGGGUUGCCCUGAGCAUGAUUUUCUUCAACAUCGUUGCUGCCCUGGGCGCAGUUUGGGUGGCGUGGCUGUGGCUGAAGAGCAGCUCUGUGAAUCCACCUUCCAACCUCAAAUCAGAUCUACCCGAAAUCGUGGUCCUGUCCCUCUUAAUCGACUACGCAGGCAGCAUAGUCGAUCUCGGCUCCUCGGCGUCCGCGUCGAGGCUGUGGGCAGCGCUUGGAUGCGCCGCUCUGCUCGUCGCCGGGUUCAUCAGCACGACGUCCAUGCUGUUUACUGUAAUAACGGCCAUCUCCUCGGAAACACCUGCCGAGAAGAUGCGUCGCUGGCACAUCGUCGCCGCCGUCUGCGCCUUUGGCUUCGUGGCGGGCGUGCUCAUUUUCGUGCCGGGCCAAAUUGUAUUCGUCCACUUGCUGGACCACUACGUAAUUGGCAGACUCAUCAUGGCCACUUGCAUUCUUGAACUUGUUGGUUUUGCCUGGAUUUAUGGGUGUGAAACUCUUUACAACGAUUUUGAAUUCGUGCUUGGCCAAAAAAUGAACAAAAUUUGGAAAAUCAUUUGGAUGGCAUCACCACUGCUAUUGUUGGCUAUUGAGUUGUGGUCCAUAUUUGGUCUUCCAUUAAACGGCCUGCCAAGUAAUCAAAGUACAAUUCACCCCGAUCCAGAAUGGGUGACAAUCACAGGCUGGACCAUGUAUUUGAGCAUGUGGGCCAUCGUUUUACUGUCCGCAAUUAGGACAGUGAGCCAUCAAGUGGAUUACAAUUUCACAGAUAAACUAAGAAGCUCAAUAAAGCCCUCCCACAAAUGGGGUCCAGCAGAUCCACUGCACCGGCAUGGCUGGGUGCGGUGGCGAACGCAGUUUUCAACGACAGGCCGCAAAGACUUCACACUGCGCCGGAAGGGCACCAGGGACUACACGCACUCGGCGCGUGCCUCGCCCAACACAACGUUAGUGCGAACUCCCAAGAAGGCCAACGGGCCCUCGCCCCUUGCAACCUCAACGCCGGUGGCACCCGAGAUGCCCUGGCAAUCGAAUCCCUCGCCCUGAAUCUUCAAGGCCGAGUCGCCAGCACAUCGUCAGUGCCAAUGAGUGAAAGAUUGAACUUAUAAUUUAGUGAAUAAGUGAGCCGACUGAUUUUUAAAUAAUGUCUAUUGUAAUAAAUAAUUUUUAUGCCUUUUGAAUAA